UGAGUCUGGUACGGAGUAGAGCUGUAAAGAACCAUUUAGUCGUUCCUGCUCGUACUCGUACGCGUGGCAGAUAUGGCAAGAGUAAGGUAAUGGCAAGAAGCAACCAGGGAUGAGGCAGCCGUCAGAAAAAACCUUGUUCACCAUUGGUAGCGCUCUAAACCUUAACAGCCUUUAAGCCAUGCACGACCUCCUGCUCUUGCCUGUCUCUGUCACGUUGAGUCUGUUCGGACGACACAGGGGCAUUCAGGCCCGCUUUUCCCAACCGUCACCGCGUGCUGAGACGACGCACGGGACACACAGCAGCCAGUUCCAGACCGCAGCAGGAAAGAGCAAGUUGACCGCAUGGCAAGACCCGGUGCAAGCUGAAGCACCUCAGAUGAAGCACGUUCCUUCCUACCUCAACGGAUACUGCAAUCCAGAUCACUGCCUUCCUUCUUACGUUGCAGCCAAGCUACGGGUGAAGACUGAGGAGAGCCCGACAACAUGUCUGACAGACACGCUAAGACUGAAAAGACGUUGGAUCCCGUCGAGAGGUGAGAGGUUUGUGAGAAGGGAUGACAGGAAGAAGGGGUAGAGAGAAGAAAACAGCUGAUUUUUGCAGAGCCAAGAGGUUAAAUGGUUGCCA